AUAUCAUACAAUCCCCACCUUAGCCCCCACACUUAACACAACCAACGUCCUAUUAACACGUACUUCCUUUUCAGUUUUAGACAACAUUUAUUUCGUGACUUUCCAUGUUUAAAAUCCCCUUGGGAACGUCUGCAUUUUCUGAUACAAACAACGCUGUCACCAGCAAUAAUAAUACUUUACAACCCACGUUCGUCCAAACUAUGCAUCCUAGGAGUUUUAGUUUUGAUAGAAUAAAAAGUAAAGUAACAGGGAGGCAUGACGCCACCCUGGAAACCAACACCAAUAGCAACAGACGCAACAGCAUGGCCACGGUUCUGCACCAACCGCAGCAGCAGCAGCAGCAGCAGCAACAAAACCAGCAUCUUGCAUCUCAACCAAGUCCCACGAGACGAGCACAAUCAAUAUCGUUCAUGCCACCACCGACAAGAUCACGCUCCCGAUCCAUAUCGAAAACAAACCAGCCUACGCUUCACUUGAACCCGUUCAAAUCAACCACUAAAGAACUCGUAAAACAAGAAACAGCCCAGAUAAUCCUGAAGAAACUUGUCAAUAUGUUGCUGGAUUUAGGAUUACAGUACCCGAUCCCAUUAAGGACAACCACCCUGGGAUCCCCUUCUAAAUCCAUCAAGAUUUACGUGGCCAACACUAAUGACUGUUUGUACUUACCUCCAGCUAGUUCCACCAGUUUCACCUACGAAGAUGUUGAAAACGGUGGUGCUGUCCCUAUACUUGAAGACGACGACGACGACGACGACGACGACAACGUAUUUGGAUCGAGAGCAUCAGUUGACUCCCCCGUGUUGGGCACAUCCGAGCCGGAACAGCAGCCUACUUUGCAUUCAAAAAUGAAAUCGUUCAAACUGCCAAACUAUUUGUGUUCGAAAAUCGAUUCCGAACAUCCUAUACCUCACACAUUUGCCGUGGUUAUCGAACUCACCAAGGAAUCCACCACAAUUAAAGAUGUCACUUUUGAGUUUCAAUCACUCACACAGAUCCUUUGGCCUAAUGGUGAUCUAUACAAUAAGGCAUUUGCCAAGGAAAGUUUUAAAAUCGGGUCCUUGCAAUGGAAAACAAGUUUGUCCGAAGCAGACUACUAUAUCAACAAUUUAAAUUCCAACGAAGUUAAACUGAAAAAUAUCACGCCGGAAGAUUUAGCUAAACGAACCCGAGAAUACCACUUGGUGGACAUUCGCGAAUUAGACUCGGCUGGGUUGAAGGAGUAUAAUGAACGUGCCUCAAGUUCUUCCCAUGGUGAUUCAUAUAAAGCUGGUCUUUAUGUGUUUCUCUUACCUAUUCUCCUACCAGAACAUAUUCCAGCUUCGAUCAUCUCAAUCAAUGGUACCCUCGCUCAUACACUUUCUGUGAAUUUCAACAAGAUUAGCGAGCGACUCAAUCGGAAAAUUAAGGUUAAUGCGUCAUACAACUUACCUAUGGUUCGUACUCCGCCAAACUUUGCUAAUUCAAUCGCAGACAAGCCAAUUUAUGUCAAUAGAGUAUGGAAUGAUGCUGUUCAUUACAUUAUAACAUUCCCGAAAAAGUAUGUCUCAUUAGGUAAUGAACAUGUAAUCAAUGUGAAAUUAGUCCCGUUAGUUAAAGAUGUCAUUAUCAAGCGAAUCAAGUUUAAUGUAUUGGAGAGAAUCACUUAUUUGUCUCGCGAUUUACGUCGUGAGUAUGAUUAUGAUAGUGAGAAUCCAUUUUUGGCCCAUGCACCCUCAGAUAAGGUGCGUGAACGAGUUAUUUCAUUGUGCGAAUUAAGAACAAAGAACAAGAGUUCAUCGAAUGGGUUUACUGAUCCGUUCAAAGAAGAAGUAAUUAAAUGUCCUGAUAAUAAUUUGUUAUAUACUUGUUAUGAGCCAGAAGACAAAAUUGGAGAGUCUCCACCUGCUUCACCAGGAAAGCACAGAAAACACCUGCAUGUAACUACUCAGAGAGCUAUGAUUGCAUCUCCAUUAGAUAUUAAUAUCGCCCUUCCUUUCUUGACUUCAAGAACAGAUAAGUUAAUGAUGACUGCUUCUUCGCAGGAUGACGAACCUGAUAAACCAAGAUCAAGACGAGCAUCGCUUAUAAUGGACGGGUUUGAAUCAACCAAGGAAUCAUCGGUGAUUGGUACUUUAGAAACCAAUUUAAUCAACCACGAUGAAGUUGGACCUCAUGAAUUGAUCAAACCAAGUUCUUCAACCUAUGUUUCUGACGAUUUAUCUGUUAAGCAUCGACCACCAGAAAACAUCCAAAAGGGAUUCACUAUUCUUUCACGGGCACUUUAUCCUGAUUCCAAUUACCGUCAUAUUCAAAUAAACCACAGGCUACAAGUUUGUUUUAGAAUAUCCAAACCUGAUCCUAAGGAUAAUUAUAAAAUGCACCAUUAUGAAGUCGUCGUGGAUACUCCAUUGAUCUUGUUGAGUUCAAAGUGUAAUGAUGGAUCAAUGCAAUUGCCAAAGUAUGACGAGAUAGAUAUAGCUGACAUUGUUGCUGAACCAGCCAGUCCCAAGAUAUCUUUCCGCACGCCAAAUUAUCAACAUAACGGAGUUACAAUCAAGCAAUGGGAUCAAGAUGUUACACAUGAAGAGUAUUUGCCCACGUUUGAAGAGGCGGUGAAGCAACCACUGGGAUCAAGCACCACACCAAGUCCCAGCCCUGUGGUUAGAUCUAUGUCUAUCGAGGAAGAUCCAUUGAGUAGAAUACCCUCGAUUUCUUUGCCUCCUGGCGUGAACAGUGAUCCUCCGGCAUAUGAACCGCCCAGUGAUAAACUCAUUGAUGAAGUUGUGAGUUCCUCGAGCGAGGGGGAUGGCAUGCCUGGUCCUUCGCGAAUGAAGGCAAGUUUAUCGAAUUCGUUUGCCAAGAAGAUCGAGCUUGAGGAUGAUGGUAGUAUUGAUUCUAACUUGUCAUCGCAUUCUUCUGAUGGUUCGUCGUUCAUUGUCGGCACGUCGGAGUCCUCAGUGCAGGACACUCCUGAUUUAUCGGCGAGUUUAUCCGCACCACCAGCGAUAAAUGUCAGCUCACCUGAGGAAGGUAAUGAAGAGGAAGAAGAAGAAGAAGAAGAGCUGCUGGUUGUUUACUUAAACGAGAACAAUGCGAGUAAGGUGAUGAACAAAGCCAUCAGUGAGUUUGCCAUUGAUGAUGACGACGAGAGACGUGAUGAAAUAAUUACUAGUGUUGACAACAGCUAGCUAACGAUGUCAUGACGAUUUUAUAGAAAACAACAAGAGUAUUUAGAUUUUAAUGUAUAAUGUUUCAUAUCAA